GUUGGUGUUAGUGGUAAUGAAGAGAACUGUCACUAAAUCGUUUCCAUUUGUUACAAAAAAAAGUAAGAAGAUAAAGAAAGAAACCAGGAAAUUAAAAUUUCCCAAAAUCAAAACAAAAAAACUCUAAAAACGCAAGCUCACAGACAGAGAGGGAUGAGAUUUUUCUCUUCCUUGAUAAAUCCCAAUACCUAAUUCCUAAAUUCCUGUAAUAUUAGGCGGCGAGAGAGAGAGAGAGAGAGAGAGAGACGCAUUGGUUUCUCUUUUUAGGAAGAACCUGGAUUCUCGCCGCUUUCUAUAUGUGUAGCAAUCGAUCUCUCUACCCUGAUUGUUCGGAGGAGCUUUGCGUCUUUCUCGUUGUCGUAGAGGGACAAUAGAUGCGGUGAAGGUCGUUUGUUAGAUGGGAAAACUUGUUCUUGAGCUGUCAAAAGGUAUUUUCUAUGUAUAUGGAGUAGAACUGUUUACAAGGAAGCAGCCAUAAAAGGAGUUUGAUUCUGGAGAAAUGGCUUUGGUGGUUUUGUGAAGAAAAUCGGCUUUGGUUUGUUUUUGGAUUUGAUGGGUAAAGAGAAUCAGUUGGAGAUUACGAAUUGCGGAGUCAGUGAUCACGAUUCUUCUCCACCUAUCAAGAACGAAGAACAUGAGGCACCACCACGUUACAGUACAGACAAAGACACGGGUUUACCAACUUGCCGCGUGUGUCAAUGCGUAGAAUCCGACAGAAGAGGAGAUGCUGCUUUAGGGUUUUUAGGCAUUACUCCUCCGGUUUCAGAGCCUCGUAGGAGCAGUGCGGGGGAAGAAACCGUCGAUCAGAAAAGCUCAGCUGUCAAACCUAGCGGGUUCAUCGAACUGAUAAGUCCGGACGGAGAGGUUUUCGUUUGCGCAAACGAUGAUAUAGAAAUGGGAGCGUGGCAGCAUCGUGAUAUGUUGCUCGAGCUCGGAUGUUCUUGCAAAAACGAUCUCGCUUUGGUACACUACGCUUGCGCGUUGAAAUGGUUCGUCAACCACGGAUCAACCGUUUGCGAGAUUUGUGGAAACUCCGCGGUGAAUAUAAGAACGGUUGAUUUCAACAAAGUGGCUAUCGCCUUGAAAGAUUACGCGGCGCUAAGAGAAAGAACAGCUGGUGGAGAUCCGAACCCUGUAGCGGUUAACAGCAACACUGGUUCCUCGGGGAUAGAUCCUGAUGCGGUUGCAGCCAUACGAAGGCAACGGCUUAGUGAGAUUUCGUUGUGGUUUGGUCCACAUUGUCAAAACAACAAUAAUUCGACUGCUGCAGGGGCGGGUUCCUCUCAGGUUACAUCUGAACAAGCAUUGGGUGUGGUAAGCUUUGAUAUCUUGCCUAUGGAGAGCCGUGCGACUAAAUGGGCUGUCGAAGGUACAGGGAUACUACUCGCUACUGGAUUACUCACUGUUACUUUGGCUUGGCUCAUUGCUCCUCGUGUCGGAAAGAGAACUGCAAAGAGUGGGCUGCAUAUACUCCUGGGUGGCCUAUGUGCUUUAACAGUAGUCAUCUUCUUCAGAUUCGUAGUGCUGACAAGAAUCAGGUACGGACCAGCACGUUACUGGGUAAUCUUGUUCGUCUUCUGGUUUCUUGUGUUUGGCAUUUGGGCUUCACGUUCUCACGCUGCUUCUCACUCUCCCACGUGA